GAUUUCUAGAACAAAUUCUCGUUCUGGAAGGAAAAAAAAAAGAAGAAAAACAACUCUAUAGGAGAAGCAGGACCUGUCUGGGUGCCGAGUCGCUUUACCCGUGCGUGUCCGCAAGAAAAGAUACCAACCGGCGGUGACACUCUUAGAGACACUCACAGAGACAGCGACGACUUACCUGAAGCACCUCAAGAAGACGCGGAGAGUGCUGAAAAUUGACUGUUUUAAUAAUAAUCUAUCAUUGCACUAGCUUGACACUUAGAGACACGAUAAGUUAUUGGUUAAGGUUAAUAGCCUGUGUGCUACACUGUGUGCUUUUCACAAUGGGUGAAAUGUUAAGCAUGAGGGUGUUGGUUUUGAUCAGUGUGGUAGUAGAAACAAGAGCAGGGAUGUUUAACAUUGACACAAGGGAGAACAUGUGGGUUACUUGGGCCAAACAAACUAAACAGGAUUCCUUUUGUUUAUCUCUAGCGACGCCAUCCAAUCCUUUUAGAACCUGCUUGAUUGGAGUUCCACUGACCUCCAUGGCAGAGUUCAAGUCUUUAACCCCUGUCAGCAUUGACCCAAAAGGUGCUUUAGGGCCACAAGCUGCUGCCAUAGCGCGAAACCUUAGAACUGCUGGUCCAGAGCCUCAGGAGCUUGAUCUUUUAGGUUCUGUGCCAGGAAACUAUUGUCUUGUCUUUGGGCGCUUUGCAGUGAAUUCAAGUCUAUUAAUCAUAGAUGAGCAGCAAUUGAAAGGCCACGCUACGUGGCUAUCCCCUCAUUCACCAUUGUAUUACAAUUACACUGAGUAUUGUAAUAGUUGGGUCAGAUCUGUCACACAAUUGACAACAGCUGCUAAGAGAUUGCCACCAGGAAUCUUUUUAGUUUGUGGAGAUAGAGCGUGGUCCACAGUACCUCCAAACAGUGUCGGAGGACCGUGUUAUUUUGGUAAACUAACCCUGUUCGCACCUACUAUUCACCAGGUUCUAGGCUUGCCACAAAAGGCCCGACGAGUCAAACGCAGUAUGUCUCAACUAGGUCCCAACUGCAGAGAUCAAGUUAAGUUAUGGCAGCCUGCAGCCGUGAUCUCAGCAUCCGUUUUUGCCCCAGGAGUUGCUUCAGCACAAGCCCUCACACAACUGAAACAUUUAGCCUGCUGGACAGGGAAACAGAUUAACAUAACGACGAAGUUGUUGAGUGAGCUUGCUGAAGAUGUUAGUGGCAUUCGCCAGUGCUCCAGAACCGAGCCGCGAUUGACUUCCUUCUUUUGGCUCAGGGGCAUGGAUGCGAAGAGUUUGAAGGCAUGUGCUGCAUGAAUUUAUCAGACCACUCACGGUCGAUACAUCAGCAGUUAGCGCAGUUGAGGGACAACAUGAAACACCUUGUAGUUGAAAACACUCCGUUUGACAAUUGGCUGAAGUCUUGGAAUCUCACCGGGUGGAUUGUGGAUUUAAUUUGUUUUGGUAUAAUGAUCUUUAUUGCUGUCAUAGUAGUUUUGACAAUAGUGCCUUGCUUGAUACAAUGCAUGCGCAAAUUAGCCGACCGUGCCUUAACGUCAGUUUGGAUAGCCCAAAAAGAAAAAGGGGGAACUGUGGCCGAGUUUCUCAGGUAUCGUGGGCAUGAUAUGCUCACAGAUACCAUUUGAGCUAUUCCAAACUAGGCCAAACUAGGCCUCAGGCCUGGGUCUAGUAGGC